GUUCAAAUCUCUCUCUCUCUCUGCCUGUAUUUCACAAACACGCACACACACUCUCUCUCCCCCCUCUCUUCCAUUUCCAGCUAUGGAGCCGCGCCGCCUAAUGGGACUUUGGCUCUCCGUGUGCGACCUCGAGGACUGAGUUGACUCGGCGUUCCGGGGCAAAGAGUCCAUUAAUUUAGCUCGAGCAAUUUUGUCGGUUUUUCUCGGAAAAUUCUCUUUUCUCGGGAAACAAUCAGAGUUUUUGUUUAUUUUAAUCAAUCAGAACUGAAACCGUAAGUAGUCAGCUUGUUUUUAUAGCUUGUUUGAGAGGCUUUGAGCUCAGAGAUUUAAAAAUUGGAAAAUGGGGGAGCUGGAUAAUUCCUCAUCGCCGUUACCGAAGGUUUCAACGGCUUCCGGCGGCGAAGCCAGUUUAACUUCCUCCGCUCGCGAAGCCAUGACUCGUUCGGAGCCGCCGCAAAAGAAAAAGCGAAACCUUCCCGGAAUGCCAGAUCCCGAAGCGGAUGUGAUCACGCUGUCGCCGACGACUCUGCUUGCUACGAACCGUUUCGUGUGCGAGAUCUGCAGCAAAGGCUUCCAGCGGGACCAGAACCUGCAGCUCCACCGGCGGGGCCACAACCUGCCGUGGAAGCUGAAGCAGCGGACGAGCAAAGAAGUACGGAAGCGGGUCUACGUCUGCCCCGAGACCUCCUGCGUGCACCACAACCCGACCCGGGCGCUAGGCGACCUGACGGGGAUUAAGAAGCACUUUUGUCGAAAGCACGGCGAGAAGAAGUGGCAGUGCGAGCGGUGCUCCAAGAAAUACGCAGUGCAGUCCGAUUGGAAGGCGCACAUGAAGACGUGCGGCACCCGAGAGUACAAAUGCGAUUGCGGGACUUUAUUCUCUAGGAGGGAUAGCUUCAUAACGCACAGGGCGUUCUGCGACGCUUUGGCGGAGGAGAGCGCGAAGGCUCAAACCCUAAUGGUUGGGUCCGGCGGAAGUACGAACCCGAGUUCAAAUCCGGCUCCGAGUGCAAAGAGUGCGGUGGUGGCGUCGCCGCCUCCACCGCCUCACACACCGUCAAACACGGUGGUGUCUCCGGCCUUGUCUAUUCAGAGCUCAGAAUUGCCAGAAAACCCAAUUGGCCUGUCCCCUCCGGCGCCAGCCACGACAUGCUUAACUACCACGGCAAUCAGCACCACCUCCAUUGCCACCACCUCGACUGGAAAUUGCAACAAUGGUACUAGUGUAUUCGCCAGUGUAUUUGCACCUUCCUCCGCUUCAGCGUUGAUGACACAGCCACCCCAAGCAUCGUCACCGUCCUCAUUCACCAAUCAAGUAUCCACAUUGGGCCGCCUGGAUGGCUCCACCACAACCUCCGCCAUUAAUGAACCCACAUCACUCUCACUCUCUACCUCCCUUUACCUCUCCAGCACUGGCUUCUCACUGUUUCCAACACCCGAUCAACAAGACCACCGCGACUACGCUCAGCCCGCUGCCAUGUCCGCCACGGCAUUGCUCCAAAAGGCAGCCCAAAUGGGUGCUGCAGCAUCAAACGCCUCACUGCUUCGUGGGUUCGGGUUGUCCACGACCUCAUCCCCGUCUCAAGAAAGUAGCACCACAUUGCAGUGGAACAAGAAGCCAGAGAGUGGUGGUGGUGCUCACGUGGGAGCCGAGUUAGGGCUUCAACUUCUCUCAACUGCAAAUGUUACCCAAUUGAAUGAUCUAAUGAUGGGUCCACCUUCGUCGUUCGGGGGCCAGCCCAUGACUCGUGACCUUCUUGGGCUGAGCAUCGGUAGUGGUGGUGGCGGUGGCGCUUCCACAGGCGGAUUUUCUGCUUUCCUGAAUUCCUUUGGCGGCAGCGGCGGUGCCUUCAAUGUUGCAGCUCCGUACGGAAGUGGAGGAGCGGGCGGUGGAAGCUCGCAGGGAGAAUCGUGGGAAGGUGCACAAGAUAGAAAGCCCAACAUUUAGGCCUCCUGUAUUCUGUGCUGGUUAUAUCAUAUAUUAUGUAGUAAACUGCAGAGAAGAAUAGCUUCCUUGUUUUUGCGAUAGAUCGUGCUUUGAUUUUUGAAACGUCGCCGUUCUAGAUGGAAAAGUUAAAUUAAGUUGUACAGGAGCUUGUUCAACCUAUGUUAUAACACAUUGAUCGACAAAGUCAACACUUUGUCCUAUUCUAAAAUAUCGUAGCAGUGUGACCAUCCCAA